CCGAUCUCGCUCCCCAAACCCUAAUCAGAGAUCGGUUAAUCAGUCCUUGGAUCAAUCAACUUUGUCCCUCUCUCAGUCACAGGAGUAGCAGACGAUCUCUGUGAUUUCUCCAAGUUUCAUGGCAGUGGAAGAAGGCUACUCGGAAGCCGGCUUCGAGGUUGAAGAUUAGGACUUUGACUGCUCAUCACGGCGACGUCGGAUCAGUGCCCCCGGAUCAAUUGAACCUCAGGAAAGGGCCCCUGGUCCCUCUGGGACGUUGAUUCCGCUCGGGGGUUUCGUAUCUUCUGAAAUUUCACCACCCAGGUGGGCAGGACCUGGAAAUGUCUAGAUUUCAUGUUGGUGGGAAAGUUGUGGAGAAUGUUGAUUUGUUGAGGAAAAAACAUUGGGCUUGGCGUCUGGAUGUUUGGCCCUUUGCCAUUCUCUAUGUCACCUGGGUGGCAAUUGUUGUUCCUAGCAUUGAUAUUGUAGACGCUGCCAUCGUACUUGGCGGGCUCGUGGCUCUUCAUAUUUUGGUUUUUCUCUUCACUGUUUGGUCUGUGGAUUUCCGAUGCUUGGUCCAAUACAAUCAGGUUAAUGAUAUUCACCACGCAGAUGCUUGCAAAAUUACUCCUGCAAAAUUUUCUGGCUCCAAAGAAGUUGUUCCUCUUCACCUUCGAAAACUAUCUGCAGGUUCAUCAUCCUCGGAUGUCGAAGAAAUUUAUUUUGACUUUAGGAAGCAACGAUUCAUAUAUUCGAAGGACAAGGAAACUUUCAGCAAACUUCCAUACCCUACUAAGGAGUCAUUCAGUUACUAUCAUAAAAACACUGGACAUGGCACUGAAGCUAAAGUUGGUGUAGCCAUUGAAAAAUGGGGCCGGAAUGUAUUUGAUUAUCCGCAGCCGACGUUUCAGAAAUUAAUGAAAGAGAACUGCAUGGAACCAUUUUUUGUCUUUCAGGUAUUCUGCGUUGGAUUGUGGUGUCUGGACGAAUAUUGGUACUACAGUCUGUUCACCCUAUUCAUGCUGUUCAUGUUCGAGUCUACAAUGGCAAAGAGUCGGUUGAAAACUCUAACUGAGCUUAGGCGAGUUAGAGUGGAUAGCCAGACCCUGAUGGUGCAUCGGUGUGGGAAGUGGGUAAAACUCUCUGGUACCGAUCUUUUGCCUGGUGAUGUCGUCUCCAUUGGACGCUCGACAGAUCAGAGUGGGGAAGACAAGUCUGUUCCUGCGGACAUGCUCAUAUUGGCUGGUAGUGCUAUUGUGAAUGAAGCCAUUCUGACAGGCGAGUCUACUCCCCAAUGGAAGGUCUCUGUAACGGGUAGGGGAGUGGAUGAGAAGCUCUCUAUAAAACGAGAUAAGGCCCAUGUUUUGUUUGGUGGGACAAAGAUAUUGCAGCAUACGCCAGAUAAGAGCUUUCCCUUGAGAACCCCUGAUGGUGGGUGCCUGGCUGUUGUUCUGAGGACUGGUUUCGAAACAAGUCAAGGAAAACUGAUGAGAACGAUUUUGUUCUCUACAGAAAGGGUAACUGCUAAUAGCUGGGAAAGUGGGCUGUUCAUACUAUUUUUAGUCAUAUUUGCAGUUAUUGCAGCUGGUUAUGUACUUAAGAAGGGCUUAGAGGAUCCAACAAGGAGCAAAUACAAGCUUCUUUUAAGUUGUUCGCUUAUUAUAACUUCUGUGAUUCCGCCCGAGUUGCCAAUGGAGUUGUCAAUAGCAGUAAAUACGUCUCUGAUUGCACUGGCACGACGUGGAAUAUAUUGUACAGAACCAUUUCGGAUUCCAUUUGCUGGGAAGGUUGACAUAUGUUGUUUUGACAAGACUGGGACCCUCACUUCUGAUGACAUGGAAUUUCGUGGAGUUGUCGGAUUGUCUGACAAUAUGGAUUUAGAAUCUGAUAUGUCUAAAGUCCCAUCACGUACACUUGAGAUCCUGGCAUCUUGCCAUGCACUGGUGUUUGUGGACAACAAGCUGGUUGGAGACCCUCUUGAGAAGGCUGCUCUGAAAGGAAUAGACUGGAGUUACAGAUCUGAUGAGAAAGCCAUGCCAAAGAAGGGAAGUGGUAACGCUGUGCAAAUUGUUCAGAGGCACCAUUUUGCCUCUUACUUAAAGCGAAUGUCAGUGGUCGUUCGUGUAGAGGAGGAGUUUUUUGCUUUUGUCAAGGGUGCACCCGAGACUAUUCAGGAUAGGCUCAUCGUCUUGCCACCAUCAUAUGUGGAGACUUAUAAAAAGUACACGCGGCAGGGUUCCCGUGUUCUGGCCCUUGCUUUCAAGGCUCUUCCUGAUAUGACAGUUAGUGAAGCUAGAAGCUUGGACAGAGAUGAGGUGGAGACUGGCCUAACAUUUGCUGGUUUUGCUGUGUUUAAUUGUCCUAUAAGAGCAGAUUCAGCCACAGUUUUGUUCGAGCUGAAAGGAUCAUCACAUGACUUGGUGAUGAUUACGGGUGACCAAGCGCUAACUGCUUGCUACGUUGCCAGUCAAGUUCAUAUAAUUUCCAAACCUACAUUGAUUCUCAGCCGAGCCAGGAGCGGUGAGGGUUAUGAAUGGAUUUCCCCUGAUGAGUCAGAAGCAAUUCCCUACAGUGAUAAGGAAGUGGAUGCUUUGUCGGAAACUCAUGAUCUCUGCAUUGGAGGUGACUGCAUCGAAAUGUUACAACGGACAUCUGCUGUUUUGCAAGUCAUUCCUUAUGUUAAGGUAUUUGCAAGAGUUGCUCCUCAGCAGAAAGAACUUAUCUUGACUACUUUCAAAUCAGUUGGAAGGAUAACACUGAUGUGUGGUGAUGGAACCAAUGAUGUUGGAGCUCUGAAGCAGGCCCAUGUCGGAGUUGCUCUACUGAAUGCUGUGCCUCCAGCGCAAACUGGAAAACCCUCUUCUGAAGCAUCGAAAGAUGAAUCCACAAAGUCUGGGAAAGUGAAGAAAUCCAAGCCUCCACUUGCUAAUGGAGAAGGUUCGAGAACUAAGUCGAUCAUGAAAGCAGAAACUCCCAGUUCUCGUCACCUCACAGCUGCGGAGUUGCAACGGCAGAAGCUGAAGAAGAUGAUGGAUGAGCUGAAUGAGGAAGGUGAUGGCCGCGCGGCCCCAGUAGUGAAGCUCGGGGAUGCCUCCAUGGCCUCUCCCUUCACUGCUAAGCAUGCUUCAGUGAGCCCAACCACCGACAUUAUCCGUCAGGGGCGAAGCACUCUUGUGACCACUCUCCAAAUGUUCAAGAUCCUUGGCCUAAACUGCCUCGCCACAGCCUACGUCUUAAGUGUCAUGUAUUUGGAUGGUGUGAAACUCGGCGAUGUUCAGGCGACAAUAAGUGGAGUUUUCACAGCAGCUUUCUUCCUGUUUAUUUCUCAUGCUCGGCCUCUACUGAAUCUCUCCUCUGCUCGGCCGCACCCGCACGUGUUCUGCUCCUAUGUCUUCCUCUCCCUGAUGGGCCAGUUCGCAGUCCAUUUGUUCUUCUUGAUCUCGUCCGUUAAAGAGGCUGAGAAGUACAUGCCCGAGGAAUGCAUAGAGCCCGAUUCAGACUUCCACCCCAACCUUGUCAACACAGUCUCGUACAUGGUAAGCAUGAUGAUACAGGUAGCCACUUUCGCAGUGAACUACAUGGGCCACCCUUUCAAUCAGAGCAUCCCAGAGAACAAGCCCUUCCUAUAUGCCUUAUGGGCGGCCGUCGGGUUCUUCACGGUGAUUACUUCGGAUAUGUUCCGGGACUUGAAUGAUUGGCUGAAGCUGGUUCCUUUGCCGCCGGGAUUGAGGGAUAAAUUGCUGCUGUGGGCGGCUCUCAUGUUUGUGGGAUGCUACUCAUGGGAGAGGCUGUUGAGAUGGGCUUUCCCCGGGAAGAUACCAGCUUGGAAGAAACGGCAAGGGCAAGCUGCUGCUGGUCUGGAUAAGAAGCAGCUUUGAGAGGUGGAAAAACCAGUAUUGUGAAAGUUACGGGUCCAGUGCUUGGGAUAGAGAUUGGGCCAGGUAAGGGGACAUACCACUGUAUUCUAUGCCUGAAGCUCGGCUGAGUAUGCUGCACGACAACUGUUUUCCCCGCUCGUGCGUAUUCCAGACUUGCAUUUUAAAUCUAUCUCAAAUAGGAAGCACCUUUGUAAUCCUUUUUUGUUAGAAUGUUUUUUGAAAAAUUGAACUUUUUUUGGUUAGGGAAAUUGCGCUUGUCCUCGAGGUUCAGCGAGUUGAGGUGGAGGUCAGAGAGAUUGCCAUCUUACACAUUUGUAAUACGUAUAGAUCGAAAUGGGCAUCAAGUUCGAUCAUCAAUUCUAACUUAUUGACAGCAUGGUGUAAAGGAUCAUGUCAUUUUUUUGUUGUUCGGACUUUAACUUACUUGAGUUCAGACUAUGCAGUAGAAGCAAUAUCAAGCCAAUAGAGCCCCAAGUGUCGGUUGAUUUACGUUGGUGGUAUUAACUGAGCAAGGCCUAACACUUCGAGUUUGGUUCUAGAAUCUGGCAUUUGAUACAGGAGAAACUCAAUAGGACUGAUCAGCCUAGAAGGCAAGUGGUUGAGAUCUCUGAGUCUAUAAUCGAUUAUUGUUGAGCUUUUGUUA